AUGCGCAUGUUAUAUAAGCAAUUAUUUGUGAAUUUCGUUCUUGUUACCAUCUUAGUUGGACUUGCAUCGAGCUAUCCACCAGAAGAAAACCUUAUUCAUAAAAGACAAGAUGCGACUUCAACUUC